AGAAGGGCGACCUCUUCUGCGCUGCUGCCUACGCCGCCGCAGGACAGAACGCGGCAUGAGGUGGCCUCUGGGCACCAGCUCCAGCCACAGCCCCGCCUGGACAAGGCUGCUUCUAACAGGCACCCUGCUCACAUUCAGCACCUGCUCUGACUCGUUGGAACUGCCCUCCUCUGUGUCUUUGGACCCCUUGACCGAAGGAGCCGAUGCCCACCUGCCAGUCCCCAGAAGCCUGGAUGGGGUUCUUUCCACUUCUUGGUUCCGAGGGCAUGAAGUCCGGCCAGAAGCCAUGAUCUUCUCUCCCGAGGGCCUCCCAGGGCCUGGCCACACUGGCCGGGAGACGCUGGACAGCCAGGGCAGCCUGAUCAUCAGAAACGUGACGACUUUAGAUGCGGGCAGCUACACGGUGGUGCUGGAAACCAGAGAGGGGAUCAGGAGCACGACGGAGCAGAUACAGGUCAAGGCCACCUAUGAUGGGGUGCAGCUGGUGACAUUCCCGGGAAAUAAACAAGGUGUCCUCCGGAGUGACCUCAACUACUCUGUGAUCCUGCAGUGGGCGGCUUUAAUCACACCUGAACCUGUGCUACGGUGGACCUUCAAUGGGAGACCUCGUGGAACUGGAGAAAGGCUGAUUGUCCACAGGUUGUCCAUGAAGGAUCUGGGCACCUACUUAUGCUUGGCCGAGAAUAGCCAGGGAGUGUACCUCUCCCAGCCUGUGACUAUCAUGCUGCCACAAGCUGACGUGGAACCCACAGAACCUGCACCCAUCUCUCAGAAUCCCCCGCUCUCCCUGUCAGGAGGCUCUGCCAUUGCUCUCAUCGUGGCCGCAUCUGUGGUAGGCUUGGUACUGGUUGGAAGCGUGCUCUUCACCUUCAUCCAGAAGCUAAGGUCUGGCUGACAAUGAAGAGAUGGGUGAACCAUUUGGGGUAUUUUUCAGUUUAAAUAAAUUGAAUAAAAAUAAAAAUACAAACAAAUGAAUCUAGACAAAAGGAGACAUUACAAGCAGAUCUUAAUCAUGAAUUUUUCCAUGGUAUUAAAAUACUAACAGCUAUGUUGCCAUAUCCAGUCAAAAUAUACCUUUUGUGGAACAUGUCUACUUUUCUGUUCAGUAUAUAAUUCGUAGUGGAAUUUCACAGUUGUAGAAUAUGUAUAUCUUCAGCUUUUAUCUAACAGCUUUUAUAAAACAGUUUGGGAGCAUCAAUAACUGUUUUCCAAUCAAAUUCAAUGUCUUUUCAGACAGUGGUUUCCACAGUGAAAUACUACAUAGUAGGACUUCCCUGGUGGUCCAGUGGAUAGGACCCUGUGUUUCCAAUGCAGGGGACAUGGGUUC